UUGCAAGCAGCCAGAUAUAAUCUAACCGUUCCGAGAGCAUCACACAGAAACAUUUGGUAAAGGCGUGGCGCUCCUAUAUUCCGAUUCCCAUCAUGUUUUACCAUGUUUUUCCAUCCAGAUGUUCAGCCAAUGAGCGGUCCUGCUGUGUUUUCCAGUGAAGGCAGGAGGAGGCGGAGGGAGGAAUGCUGCAGGAUGCUUAUUAUUAUGGCUGUCAAACCCAGUGGCGAUUAGACAAAGCGGUCCUGUUUAAUGUAAAGAUUCGGGGAGAUGAUUUGCACCAUGUCCGCCGCAGCUGUCGCGGUAUGGCUUGGUACGGUUUGCAUUGUGCAUGCCUAUGACACGAAACACAGCGCUUUACACGGGAGAAAUGUCCGUGUGGAGCAAUCCGUGGCCUUGAAGCAGAGAGCAGCCGUGUCCAGAGACGUGGUCACCAUCCUGUCGAGGUCGCACGCAGACCGUAAUGUCUACCCGUCUGCAGGCGUGUUGUUCGUCCACGUUCUGGAGAGGGAGUAUUUCAAAGGAGAGUUUCCUCCUUACCCAAAAUCAGGUGACCCCAGCAACGAUCCGAUCACUUUCAACACCAACCUGAAGGGCUACCCCGACAGGCCGGGCUGGCUACGAUAUAUCCAAAGGACCCCACAUAGUGACGGAGUGCUCUAUGGUUCUCCCACUGCAGAGCACAUUGGCAAGCCCACUGUCAUAGAGAUUACUGCCUAUAACAGGCGCACUUUUGAGACAGCGCGGCACAACUUGGUCAUAAACAUCAAGGCUGCAGAAGAGUUCCCCCUGCCUUACCAAGCAGAGUUCUACAUCAAAAAUAUGAAUGUGGAGGAGAUGCUGGCCAGUGAGGUGCUGGGAGACUUCCUGGGAGCGGUGAAGAACGUUUGGCAGCCCGAGCGGCUGAAUGCCAUCAACAUUACAUCGGCACUGGACCGCGGUGGCCGGGUGCCGCUACCUAUUAACAACUUAAAAGAAGGCGUCUAUGUGAUGGUCGGUGCUGAUGUUCCCUUCUCGUCGUGCCUGCGGGAGGUGGAAAGCCCACAUAACCAGCUGCGCUGCAGUCAGGAGAUGGAGCCCGUCAUCAGCUGUGACAAGAAGUUCCGAGCUCAGUUUCAAAUCGACUGGUGUAAGAUUUCUCUGGUUGACAUCAACAAAGUAGUCCCAGUUUACGUUACACGUCCCGAACCCGGAACAGGGAUCCUGCCCGAAUUCGGGGAGUACAAACCCCCGUCUGAGUCUCUGAAAAGCCGGGACUACUUUUCCGACUUCCUCGUCACGUUGGCUGUUCCCUCCGCCGUGGCGCUAGUUCUCUUCUUCAUCCUUGGCUACACUAUGUGCUGCAGGCGGGAAGGGGUGGAAAAAAGAAACAUGCAAACACCAGACAUCCAGCUGGUUCACCACAGCUCCAUCCAGAAGUCCACCAAGGAACUGAGGAGCAUGUCAAAGAACAGGGAAAUCUCCUGGCCGCUCUCUACGCUGCCUGUCUUCAACCCAGUCAGCGGCGAGGUGGUUCCACCCAUCCACCCCGACAACUACGAGACCACCAGCAUGCCGCUGAUGCAGACACAGGCGAAUCUGCAAAACCAGAUUACGAUACCACAGCAGCGGCCAUCAGGAGAUAACUAUGUCAUGUCAACAUUUCGAAGGCUGGAGGUAAAUGGUAUUCCUGAGGAGAGAAAGGUGGCUGAAGCUCUGAAUUUAUGACCAGAAGCACCAGUGUUGCAGCUGCCCCUCUUCCUUUGUCCUAAAAUUUGUGCCAACCUGCAUGUGUUAGCAGUGAAAAUUUUAUCGUCCACUUGCGCACUUGCACCUUGACUAGUGAGUGUGAAAAAGACCCGAAGAGCUUAGCCGAUUAUAAAGAUAACUUAGACUAUUUUGGAAUAUCCGUUUAAAUGUUUAAAGUGUGAUUAAUAUGUUUGUAUGUCAUACUGCUUUGCCCAGCGGACCUCUCGGGGCGUAAGGGUGUUUUAUAUUGAAAUGCUUUCGUCGCCAUGUGUUAGAACAUUUGUUCAAUGUGUCACAUGAUAAUAAACUCUUUCAAAAUAACUUUCUGUCCCAGUGGAAAACAAAAAAACAAAACAAAACAAAAAAAAAAACACCCCCUUCCCACUCCAUCCACUAAAAGAAGCCAAAACAGCACAUUUUUAUGAAGAUAUUCUUAAUGUACAACAGAAUAAAGGCAUUUAUAAAUAAUAUGGAUACAUUUCACAUUUUUUUAAGACAUCACAAUUUUUUUAAUACAUGUAAUAUAUUUCAAAAGAGGCCCUACACGGGGUAUAAAUAGUUGUUGCUUUUACAUAACCAAAGAGAUCAAUUAAGGCCCGAUACAUUAACCAAAUUUACUGUAUCGCGGUUGUUCACUAAUAGAUGAGAAAAACCCCCAAACCAUCAUACAGAUCAGUAAACUUAACACACCAAAGAGAAUGGAAACUUCUAUAUGCCAUUCUCAUCUGUACAGUGAGGUGCUGAGUGGUUAAAAAUUAAACAUUUACUUGGCUCCCAGUUUGAGAACAGAACCCAAACAACCAGAAAGAAAGAUGAAAGCUGCGCAUUUUGCGCAAAUUGUUCCGCUGUGAACCCACAUUACAUAAAUGAAUAGAGGAUGACUUAAUGCUUUCUACCUGAUGGCAGCUGAAAUAAAAAAAAUCAUUUGCAAUACA